UAGGGCCCCACUGGGGGACCAACACCCGUCGCCCGAGGAAUGCCGGUCCAUGCGCGAAUAUGUGAAUAUGGUCUUAGAAGAAGCACCAGUGGGUAUCGACGAGAUACGAAGAGCAUCCGAGGAUGAUCCUCUCAUCAGCAGUCUCAUGAAGAGAGUCAUUACAGCGUCCUGGAGAGACCGCAACCCACAAGAAGAACCAUACUUCUUAGUGCGGGAGCAACUGACAGCAAUUGACGGUGCCUUACUGUUCGACAGUCGCUAUGUGCUUCCUGAGAAUCUCAGACAACCGAUACUAAGACUAGCUCAUGAGGGUCACCCAGGCCGAGAUGCGUUCUUAGACACGCUGAGGACAAGAGUCUGGUGGCCCGGGCUGACCAAAGAUGCGACUGCCUUCGCAGAACAGUGUGGAGUAUGCUGGCGGAGGCGUUCUAAUCAAGAACAAGACUUGCAGCCGUCUGAAGUUGAAAGUGUCUGGCAUAAACUGGCGAUCGACCUCGUGUCAAUAGAAGGACAUUCGUGCCUGUCGAUCAUUGACUACGGCUCUCGCUACCCUGAAGUGAUCCCCCUGGGCUCUACAAUAGCCACAGCAGUGAUCGACAAACUUAUGGAGGUGUUCGCGAGAUUUGGGCUCCCAUCAGUCCUAGUGACUGACAAUGGACCUCAGUUCAUAGCGGCUGAGAUGGAACAAUUUCUCAAGCAGUUGAAUAUUCGUCACGUCCAUUCAAGCCCGCGAUACCCGAGAUCCAAUGGGAUGGUUGAGCGGCUCCACCGUGUCUUGCGGGAACGGCUAAAAGGAUUACGGCCGUCCAUUUCUUUCCCACGACGACUACAGCAAGUCCUGAUGGACAUCCGCAACUCUACCCACAGGAUGUUAGGGACCACGCCAAGUGAAGCCCUCUUCGGUCGUGUCCUCCUUACCCGAGUACCGUCCUAUCACCACCCUGUUAUGGUUAACCCCGCACACCAGCUGAGAGCGAAGGCGAAGAUGGCGGAUGCCCACGACGCGAGGAGAGGGGUACACCCCCUGCCCACACUGAAACCGGGAGCUACAGUGAUACUGCAGGAUGGACGCACAGAUACCACCAAAAGGUGGCGAGUGGUGGAACAGUACGGGCGCCAGGUGGGGGUAUCCGACGGCAAGCGAAUUUUGCUCAGGAAUCGACAACAUGUGAGGCAGUAUAAUCGACAGCCCGAAGGAGAAGAGCAGGAUAUGCCCCAAGCUUGGACCCAGACACCCGCUCCCGCAGUUCGUGCGGAAACAACAUGGAACAACACCCCUACGCUUGCAGACUCAGAACGCGAAGGAGAGAUUACAGAUCACACCCCGCCAACCCGGUCAUCUAUGGAAACUUGUGUGGAGCCUUCAUCUAACAUGACUGGGGGCAAUAGCGUGGGAACAGGGAACACCGAUCCGGAUCCAAGAUCAGGGGACGACUUAACGGAGCACCGGCACUCAGGACGGACUUUAUACAAGUCAGGGACAGUGACGAGGUCGGGGCGUCAGGUGAAACUCUCGAUGAAAGCGCAGGAAGCAGACAUAUAGGGGACGUUAGUUGUACCGCGGAGUUGAGUUGAGUUAGUAGCUUAAAAGACAGAGGGGGUAAUGUAGUAUGGAUGUCUGGGCCGGACUGCGAGGCCCACGCAUGCGUAACGAGAGAGAGAGAGAGCGAGCGCGAUUGCAGACUAAUAGAGUAGCAUUGUUGUGGAAGCAACUCUCUACAUUUGGCACUC